UCCCCACCUAACCUCCACCGCCGCCGAUCCCUACUCCUCCUCCCUCGUGUCCUCUCUCCCCUCAUUUCGCCCCAUCGUCUCCUCCGUUUCCGAUUAAAUCGCAAUCCAAAACCCCACCUGGAACACGAGCCGUGCGCCCCGCCGCUCGUCUCGCCUCGCCCUCGCUUCUCCAUGUCGCCGGCUGCUGGAGGCGCCGCGCCCACGCAACCGGCGGCGAGCGCCGCCGCCCUGACGCCACCGGCGAUCGCGGUGCCGGAGGCCGACCGCGCGGCGCCUCCGCCUACGCAGGAGAAUCUCCGGGAUCCGGCCGCCCAGGUAGAGGGCGCCGAUCCAGGCAAUGCGGCGGUGAGGAAGACGGCGUGGAACGUGCCGCCGCCGCCGCCCCCCGCAGCCACCGGCGGCAUCAUCGGCGGCGACGAGUCGUGGCCGGCGCUAGCCGAUUCGGCGGCGCGCGCGUGGCCCAAGUCGGCAUCGUCGGACUCCCUCAAGUCCCUCUCCGAUGGCUCCGCCCCGUCCCUACCGGAGGAAUUAAUUGUGCCAGUAGUGCCAUCGCAGCCGGUUUCUAAUCCGAUCUCAACUAACCCAAACGCUGCCUCCACCUCUCCUCCCCCCAAUGCCACUGCCAUGGCCUCUUCACGACAGAGCGGCCGUGUAAACCAGCCAAAUCUAGUUCGGCAUGGUGGUGGCAACGGUGGUAACAACGGUGCUGGUAGGGGUGGAAAUGGGAGCAGUCCUGGCCUCAGGACUGGUAAUAAUACCAGUGAUCUGAACAGUGGUAGUGGUGGUGAUGGUAACUGGAACGAUGGAGGCCUUGGUGGAGGCAGCAACCUGAACUCUAGUGUCCUUAGUGGUGGCAGCAACCUGAACUCUAGUGUCCGUAGCGGCGGCAUCAAUGGCAGUGGCAUGGACAGCAGUAGAAGAAUGGUUGGCAAUAACAACUGGAAUGGGAAUGGUCGUGGCGGCGGCGGUGGCAGCAGCAGCAACAACAAUGGCACUGGCAUUGGUAACGGAGGCAACAGAAAUAAUGGUAGUAGCGCCUGGAACAGUAAUGCCCGAAAUGGUAGUGGCAUUAGCAAUGGCUUUGGCGGUCGUGGUGGCCGGAAUCGCCGUGAUCACGAGAGAGGGGGUAGUUUUCCCCAUAGGAAUUAUUCCCGAGCACUGCCAGUGCCGCCACAACAGCAGCAACCAGGCUACCAGCCUGGUCCAUUUCACCGACCACCGCCGCCACCAUCUGCUGCACAUUUUAUUGUGUCACAACCUUUUAUGCCAUAUGUUCCACCUUUUGCUUACCCUGAUAUGCAAGGCUAUCCUUUCUAUAUCACACCAGUUGAGCAGCAGUUCCAGAACAUGCAUCUUGUCCGACAGCCAAUGCAACCUUUAGGGUUUCAGCAAGAUCAGCUAAGUCUCCAAAAUGAUAUUCGCCAUCAGAUUGAGCACUAUUUUAGCACUAAUAAUCUUUGCCACGACACAUACUUGAGGAGACAUAUGGAUGAUCUAGGAUGGGUGCCUAUUGACCUAAUCGCUGGAUUCCCUAUGUUGACCAGGUUCACAGUGUUGGGGAUAGAUACCAACUAUAUACUAGAUUCUAUCCGAGGCUCUGAGAUGUUGGAAGUGCAGGGAAAUAAUGUCAGGAGACGCAAUGAUUGGGCAGACUGGCUACUUCACCUCCCACCUGCAAAUCAGCUCCAGUGAAGAACAAGAUGACGGAGCACGGCUGCUUGCUAUGGCCAAGUGAUUAGAAGGGAUAGUCCAUUUGAUCAAGGGCGGGAUAUCUCGUGAUAGAUGGAUCAUGUAUGUACAGCGGAUCACCUUUCCAGAGUCGGAAGAUUUUGUUUGUCUUGGACAGACAUGAUGGCUGCACUUAAAAGCACAUUAAAGGGCAUUAAGCGGGCAAACAUACCAAUAAUAGGAAAUAAAUUCCAGAAUUACAGAUCCAUUUUCUUUUAUCUGUAUAGUUUUAUCUUAUGAGAAAUGAUCCUCGUCUCCUCAUCAUGGAUGAUGCCCUGUUUGACUGAUAUAGAUGUCACAAGGGGUUUAUGGAUUACCCUGGAUUAUGGAUGUUUUAUGGGGUUUAUCUUCGGAUUACCCCCUCAUUUUUGGGAGCGUUCUGUCAGGGCUCAGUACAGUGGGAGAUUACCCUUAUUGUUGGAUGCUGUCAGGAUAAUUAUGUACAUUAUUCUUUCGUUUCAUCUGAAGCUCCCAAGGUUGUGCGUAUGCAAACAAGAAAUCUGAAUGUUCUCUACAUCGGGGAA